CGUCUCUGACUCUCUGCUCCGCUUUUAUCUUUUGCUUCUCCUUCUCCUUCUUCUUUCUCUUUUCUCAGUUUCCACUACACAGUGGAGAGAGAAACUGAAAGACCCACAGAGAGAGAGAGAGAGAGAGAGAGAGAGAGAGAGAGGGCGUUUGUAAUGGCAAUGGCGGCCUCGAAGAAGUGGGUUUCUCUGUGUUCGUUUCUUCUCCUCAUCCUGUUGCUCGUCGGAGUCGUCGCGAUUGUGCAAAGGAACCAAACCUCUGCUUCAAGGAACGAAGAAACAGUGGAUUUACAGAGCUCCAACAACUCAUCAUCAAUGGCGGCCACAAGGUUGGAAGAGUAUGGAUCUUUGAAUGAGCAUGCUGUGGACGACCCAGAUGAAGUUGCUGCCAUGGUUGAAAUGAGCAUCCAGAACAGCACUGAGAGGAGGAAAUUAGGCUACUUCUCGUGUGGUACCGGAAACCCUAUUGACGAUUGCUGGCGGUGCGACUCGAACUGGCACCGCAAUCGCAAGCGCUUGGCGGACUGUGGCAUCGGCUUUGGGCGCAACGCCAUUGGAGGCCGCGACGGUCGCUUUUACGUCGUCACAGACCCCUCUGACAAUGACCCCGUCAACCCCCGCCCCGGGACACUUCGCCAUGCUGUCAUCCAAGACAAACCCCUCUGGAUCGUGUUCAAGCGCGACAUGGUCAUACAACUGAAACAAGAACUGAUCAUGAACAGUUUUAAAACAAUUGAUGGGCGUGGGGCUAAUGUUCACAUAGCAAAUGGUGCUUGCAUUACUAUUCAGUAUGUGACCAACGUGAUUAUUCACGGGCUGCAUAUACAUGACUGUAAACCCACUGGGAAUGCUAUGGUGAGGAGCUCACCUAGUCAUUUUGGGUGGAGGACAAUGGCUGAUGGUGAUGCUGUUUCGAUUUUUGGGUCGAGUCAUAUUUGGGUUGACCAUAAUUCUCUGUCUAAUUGUGCUGAUGGGCUUGUUGAUGCUGUUAUGGGUUCGACCGCGAUUACUAUUUCUAAUAACCACUUUACUCACCACAAUGAGGUGAUGCUGUUGGGGCACAGUGAUUCCUAUGUUAGAGACAAACAGAUGCAAGUCACUAUUGCGUACAACCAUUUUGGUCAGGGACUUAUCCAGAGAAUGCCGAGAUGCAGGCAUGGGUAUUUCCAUGUGGUGAACAAUGACUACACUCACUGGGAGAUGUAUGCAAUUGGUGGAAGUGCUAACCCCACCAUCAACAGCCAGGCCAACAGAUACCUUGCUCCCUCCAAUCCAUUUGCAAAAGAGGUUACGAAGAGAGUGGAAACUGCAGCAAGUCAAUGGAAGGGUUGGAAUUGGAGGUCAGAGGGUGACCUUUUGCUCAAUGGUGCCUAUUUCACCCCAUCCGGGGCCGGAGCCUCGGCUAACUAUGCCAGAGCUUCCAGCCUAGGGGCCAAGUCUUCUUCAAUGGUUGGCUCCAUCACCUCCGGUGCAGGUGUUCUCGGCUGCCGCAGAGGCCAUCAGUGCUAACACCAAUCUCACUCAGUCAACUUAUAUAUGGAGAAGAAUUGGUCUUUCUAUUUUUCUUUUCUUCGGUUAGGUUUCCGGUUUUUACUACAUAUUCCACCAUUGUUUCUCCAUUUUUCGAUAUGAUUUUCGAUAUGGCUUUGUCAUUCUACAUUGUCCUGCUACCGUUGCGCAACCUCGGCCCGCUUCAAUUGAAAACGAAAACAGAACAAUCGCGAUUUUAGGAGCGGGUUCGCAAGCGUUGUUCAAUUUUCUUUUUCUUACCUUGUUUUGUCAAUCUCAACCUCCUCCUAACCACCAUUUGGGCUAUCAACUAUCAGUCUUUACUGCAAUUUGUGAGUUUUUCUUUCUUUUUUUGGGAUUUGUUUCUUUAGCUUUCUUUUGGAUACAAGAUAUCUUACAGUGUGAAUGUCAAAACUCUUGAGGCUUGAUUUAUGGAAAAGUUUGGUGAUA